AUCGCCAAACGCAUCAAGGCUGAAGUGCUAAAGGUUCAUGGACGCUAGUAAUGACUACGUAGAGACGUCCGACGCCGAGGAACUUGAGCUAAUCAAUAAUAACAGGAUUGAACCUUUUCUCCAUGUCUCUCCAGAUCCGCCUUCACCUGAUCACCAUACGCCGAGGCGAACGAUCAGCAGUCAUGUCCUGGACCUGGAAAAUUCUUCACCUCGGAAGCGGAUCAAGCUUGAUCAUUUGCCUGAGCUUGCCUUGUGUAGUCACAUCAUUACAACCCAGAACACGCAGGAUAUGCUCGAAGGCAACCAUCUGGUCUCUAUGGCGCUCGCAUCAUCUUCUCCUGUAGAUGCUGCUCCGACUGUCCUUGGUGUGGAACUUGGGGAGUCCCAGGACCCGAUAGACUUCCUGACUGCAUCACCAUCCCAGCCUUCUCUGUUGCCUUCGCUUGCGGACCCUGAUGGUACACCUCACACCCCGGACAAAUCUACUGUGAAUGCUUCUACUUCAAAACCACCUUCGAGGUCUUUAGCUCAAUCGGAAACAAAGCCACUCUCGCAGCCAUGGCCUCUAUUCUCCGCGACUUCUCGUCAUUCAGCCUCUCCCAUUAGGUCCUCUCCUCCUCAGGCACAAGCCCCUGAUGCAUUAUCAGAGGAGGAUGACCAUGAACCGCUGGAUAAUCCCCAACACGUCGGCCUUGUCCUCAAUGAGCAACCCUCCUCUCCGCUCAGCGAACCUGGUGGUACUGGUCCGUCAGAGCAUGCCGUAGAAAACGAGCUUGGGGCACGCGAAGAGUAUGUGUCGGUGCAUACUGCAGACGAUAGUUCCGCAGCAGUUGCCCAACGGCUGGAAGAAGAGGAGCGACAGGCGAGGUACUCUUUUCGCAGUAGGCAGCCAAGGCAAAAGAACCCGUACAAGCAUGACCAGCUUCAGUACCGGAUGCAGAUGGAACAGCAUCCCGACGCAGUCGUCAACAUCCGCCAUGGAGACAGCAACCGGAGGCGCGAGCAUGAAGGUGACAGUCAGGAAACCUGGGCCAUGAAUCAAGACGAGGAAGAUGGAGAUUACGAAGAGGAAACUCCCCGACCAGCCCGUCGUAGCUCACCAUCAUUUGCAAACAGUGUCGGAGAAGAGACUAGAGAUCAAGGUCGCAAUUUUGAUUCGCUUGUGGACCUGUCUGCAAGCGAUGACGAGGCCAGACAUGCGGUGCGCACUCUCCUAAAGGACAAGAAUGUAAAGAAGGACGAAGAUAAGAGCCUGAAGCAGAUGAAGAAGAAGCGCUUGCAAUCUUUCCCCGAGCUGGACACUGAGCCAUCUGAAAGCCUCCCCCAUUUUGUACCUCGAACCCGACGGAAACGCCCCUUAGAGGUAUUUAGCCCUUCCCCGCCUUUGCAGGUUCCAAUGAGUUAUCACGACGAAGGCGCGUCAUCUUCUGCUCCUGGGUCCCCAGGGCCUCGCACCGACACCGAUCCUGGCGACAUUCCUCCUACGACUCCUGCUCCUUCGUCAGCGCCAGACCUGUCUUUUGAUGGAUAUUUCCCUCGGGAUGAUGGUCACGACAAAGAACCGGAUCCAGAUUUCUCAUAUCUUGACAUGGAUCAUCAGUUCUCUUUCGCAAGUCCUCGUGAUGGAUCAUCUGCGAGCAUGUCUCCUGAACGUGCACCCUCGGUGGAGCAUGGCAUCUUUCAGGCAGAUGAACACGACCCGGUGACGAAGGAAAGUAGAGAGGACAGGAAACGUCGGAAGGCCCUUGAGCGCAUGUACCCUAAAUUCAUGUUCCCAAAAAUCAUGAAUCGCCUUGGGGAUCAGCAGCGCCAUCAGCGCAAGUAUGACAGGGAUGAAGAUGGGACUCCUGGUCCGGGUCACGCUCGGACUCGGAUUGGUACCAAAGGCCGAGAUAUCGAAAUUAGAGGUGAUUCGGAGAGCUCUGACGACGAACCCCCUUCGCAUCAGUCUCGAAAUGUUCGCAACGAUUCGCCUGCCUCCUUGCGCUUUCCUAGCCCGAUUCCGAUGUCAGAUCCAGAAGCCAUUGAAGUCCGUACAAGGCGAGUUACCGUAUCUGACCAUAGGCGCCCUUCUCUUCGGGACAGUGACGACGUCGACAUGAAUAUAGGAAGAAACAGUGACGUAAUCAACAUCAGCAGCGACAGCGACGAAGACAGCGACGACCAUGUCAGCGAGACGUACUACGCCGACCUUAUGAGAGACGGGUCAAGUCCUUCACGUCGGAGGACAAUGCAGGACCAAAGUCAGAUCGAUUGGAUGAUCUCCCGGACACGCACAAUGGGAUCGUCGGCAAAAUCCAAGUCUAACCAUCGCACUUCCAAGCAAUCCCGCCGGAACGACAAGCCACGUUUACAUAUUAUCACUGAGGGCGCGAAGAGAUAUGGGACAGAGCGUCAGACCCUUCUACCUUUCAAGACCGUCUCAAAGGGGGGGAAAGACGCUAACUCGGACCGUACCUUUCAUGCUGUUGACUAUGAAACUUAUGACUUGUCCGACGAUGAACCUACUUCAAAGGGCCGUCGAAACGUGAACGUCGAGUUAGUUAAGAAGCUCAAGAAGCGCACAAGGCAGGAGGAGGUGUACCACUUCCAGUCAGAAUCUACCCGGAUUGCUUCUCGAUAUCGGGAGCGGGCUCGUCGACGUCCGGAAAAAACGCUGGUUAUUGAUCAGUCCGCUGCCGAUAUACUUCAAGCUCUAGAUCCUGCUCCAAAACACCAGCAUACAUCUCGCUCACAACGCCUUCCACCAUCUCGCACAUCCUCAAAAACUCGACAAAAGGCGGUUCCUCGUCCUUAUGUCGACAUCGAGCUGGAGCAGAGCGUGCCGAAUUCUGCGAAGCGACUUCACAAGAGGCAAGUCCACAUCAGAACAGAUCUAAACAUAUCCUUCCUUCCUUCUGGUAUAAGGUUUGCAGAGACUACAUAUCUUGGCAAGGGUUGUCUGUAUGAACUCGUGCUGCUCAUGUCGGGACAAGGUGAUGGCCCCGUUCCACCUACAUUCGCCAUCAACGGGCUUGAGCUUGGACCAAGCGCUUCUGCAGACCUUUUCUUGUCUGUCCUCGUUCCAUUUUGCGAUCGUGUGGUCGACUCCGUUGCGCAGCAGCAGGACUUCCCGCCUACAUCUGAAUCUAAUGAUUGGUUCCAAAAUAUGCGAUCAAUGACGCGACUCUUCUCGUGGCUUUGCAGCGUUGCAACGUCUCAAGACUUUGAGACCUUGAGCAAUUCCACGCUAGAGUGUUGUCGGGGAUUUGUAGCAUCUUUGUCUGAGCAUCAACUCACCUCCUUCUCUCCAAGUGCUUUCUGGUUCGCUAUCGAGUUAACGGCGAGGAUUAUGUUUGCCGAGAACAAUCGACCCGAACGUUCUUCGUUUACCACCAAUGAUCUGUACAAGUUCAUCGUCAUGCUCAUGCAGCACCUCCAACAAGGGACUCUCCGGGAUGCCGUGUCCUUCCUAACAGACGUCCACGCGCAGGUGGAAAUGGCUUCGAUCGAGGCUCAGAUUGCGGAGUCGUGGAUUUGCAUCUUUCAUCUCUUGGAUGGUUGCCAUGACCGGUUUCAAGGAGGGAAAUCUGCACCCUCUGGCUCUUCUCACCCUUUCUGGCAACUUGUGCAACAGCUACUCAAGGACGACGCAGGCGUUCUUGAUACUGGAUUUCAUGCCAGUGAAAGGACUUGGGAUCUAGUUUAUGGGUUGUGUGCUUUGUCCCAAUUCAAUGUCAACGGAAUGUCGACAUCCACGUGCCGACUGCCCCCAUCUUGGAGCACAAUAGCCUUGGCUCUGGGGCAGGUCCCUUUGGAAGCUAUACCUGUUGACAACAAGUCACCUUCCGAGUUCAUUGUGGAUGAAAAAAGCGUUGAUACGCGGGAUGGCUACAUCGCCAUCGUCGUUCGGAGGUGCUUCCUACUGUGGAGCCGGUGGCAUUGGAACCUUGAGGAUGCGUUGACUCUGCUCAACAAGCUAGUCGAAAUCUUCAGGAGCAGGAACUUUGCAAACCUACGCAACGAGAAGGACGACUUCAUGGGCUUUAUGCUGUACGAUGACGUAAAAUCGCUCUCAUUCCACGAACCCACAGACACGGCUUGCGAGCUUUUCCUCAAGCUAGUCUUCCAAGCCGCGCGAUCUAGCGAGCACAGUGGCGGCCUCGCAUCUGCAAAGCUUCUCCCCCGUGCCAAGAAGGCUCUUCAAUUAGCGGUGCCAGUCAGUUCUGUGCAUUUCACGAAAGCCAAUCCUCCCAAAGAGCACGAGAUCUCUAUGUUGAUCAAUCGAUUCAACGCUAUCGCGAUCUCAAUCCAUGUCGAUCCCACCGCCAGCAACCUGGAAUAUCGCCUCAGACAAGCAAAGAGUUACCUUGACUUCGCCGCAGCUGACAAAGAUACUCGCAUGGCGUGUAUCCGCGCCGCCAUGUUUUUCACUACCAUUGCUCGACAUCAUCGCCUAUCGAUUAAGCCCCUCACCGCUUGGUUGUCGGAAAUUACAAAUGUACUUGUGGACGAGUACACAGCUAUGGAAGCUAGCACGAACAAAGAGAACAAGCCUGCGAUUUAUGCUCACGAUAAAGAACUACUGGCGUUGCUAGUCUUUGCGGUUCUCGGUUGUGUGCGUCGCAUGAUGGCGACAAACUCUCUGGAUGGUGAGCCGCGGCAAGAUUAUCCUGACCCUCUUCUCCUUCAAGGCCCUUGGAUCACUCGCGUAUUCGCCACGUCCACCAAUCUGGUGAUUUCUUCGAUGGCCAGGAAGGAAGUCCGCCGUUUCGUUCAGGCGUUUUUGGAUGCUCGUGCCAGCGCUCUUACCCCUCCGAACGGCGUUGAGCCUGCCAUCGAUGCCCCAGAGAGUCAAGACGAAUGGGACUGUUUCUUCGACACGCACUUUGAUGAAUCUCAGCUCGCACAGCUGGAUGGUCUCGAGCAGACGGGUAUGAGAGUGGAGCAAGCUCAAAAGGCGGAUGUGAGGGGCAAUGAGGAAAGUUUAAGCCAUGUCAUUAAGGAGGUUAUCACCCCAGCUAUAUACAGGCUCGUGUGCAGGUACUUCAAUGAUGAUCAUACCGCCGAGUCGAUGGAAGACUUCUGCUUCCACGCAGAUCAGUGGAUUGAUUGCUGGGUCGGCUGUGGCAACGUCUCAGUCCAGAACGGAAAAAGAACCUGGGAUUUUUUCUUUACGCUUGGCCCUCCGGCCUGGGAGAAGAUCAUCAAUCCUUCGUGGCGGCGCCGAGUCGGUUUGCGAUUCAAUUACAUGCUCUUAAGACUAGACCCCAAAGCCUACGAAAAAUACUCUGACCGUUUCGUGGAAAACAUGUUGGAGGCAUUGAUAGUUGAUACGAUCACUAUCGAAAAGGAAUACGUGGCCUUGGUUAUUGACCUAGAUAAAUCCCGACACCUAUUAUUUCAGGGGCUGAGCAAAGAGAUCACUACUCCCCUGACGAUCAUCCGUGCUGAUUUUCCCGUAAUUCGUGUUACGAUUCUAAGAGCUGUCCUCAUCAACAUCGCACAAUGCCUUCGAGCGGGAAGCAGCCAAAGUCAACUUUAUGCCGGUUUCUUGGCGACCAUGAUGACAGCGAUGCGAGAUAUUUAUACAUCUUCCACCGAUACGUCGCGCAAAAGGUCGCCUCUCUGGCUACAUAUCCUGGGGUCAAACGAUUCUUGUUGAGCAUGGUAUAGUUGAGCAUGGUACUACUUCAAAUGGAC